GGAACACUGUAGUGAAGGAAAAGGCAGCAAACAUUUGAAAACAUGGAGGAUAAGUUACAAAUACUGAAGUUCGACAAGCCGUGGUAUGUUAUGGUGGAAGACCAUGAAAUGUGUCAGAGCAUUUUUGACGAUCUUCUUGAAAAAGUGGAUAGAGAGAUUGCUAUCAAAAACAAACUGGACGCUCUAAUGGCAAGAGCGCAGGAAAGGCAAAGGAGGUAUGAAAUUCUCAAGUUUGAUAGACCGUGGUGCGAAAUGGUGGAGGAACCAGAAAUAUGCGAGGAUAUACUCGAUGACUUGACCACGGGAGUGGAGACAGAGGAUGACACACGACAUUUUAAACACGUGAUGGCUACCGUUCUUGAUGAGUUAAAGUCGAAAAUACCCGUUCUUCAAGAACAAGAGACGACCUCGUUAAAGAAAGAUGCUUCAAUGAAAGACACAAACGCUGAUAUAAAGAAGACAGAUAAUACUUCUAGUGUCGUAACAUGA